AUGGCGCCGCGUACUACUAGUCCUCCUGCUGGUGCUGCUGCUACUAAUGCUCCGCGGACUCCGCCGCAGCGCCGCACGCCGACGCGCGCCGCCGUGUCGACGUGGCCGCACGCCGCAGUGGUGGCAGUGGUGGUGAUCGCAAUGGCCGGUGUUGCCGGGGUGGCUGGCGGUUCGCUCCUUCAGGAGUCCCAAGUGCAAUUCCUGCGGGACUGCCAGGACGUGUGGGGCCGGCUCUCCAUGACGUGGUCUGACUAUUCCGACUGGGAUUGCGACAUGCUCGAGUUCGUCAUCUGCGAUCCAUACGGCAUGAUCGUCUCCUUGGAUAUUGCGAACAAUGAUCUGAAAGGGCCCAUUCCCGACUCCAUCAGCAACCUUGACAAGCUCCAGUUCCUAACUUUAUCACAGAGGGGCAUCACCGGCUCGCUACCAUCAACCAUAGGAAGCCUUACCUCGCUUCAGAUAUUAGACUUGAGUCGCAACACCGGCAUUUCCGGGACCAUUCCGACAGACAUUGUGAAUCUCAAGGACCUCACUUACUUGAGCUUGAGGGGCUGCAACCUUCAAGGAUCCCUGCCUGCAGGCAUGGCUGCUAUGGCCAGUCUUGCGUACAUGCAGCUGAGUCAGAACGAGCUGAGCGGAAGCAUCCCGAAGAGUCUCUUUGCACUCGUGAAUCUCAACACGCUGGCUCUCAGCAUGAACCAGCUCACUGGCACAAUCUCUGCACUCAGCAAGCUUGUCAACUUAGUGAGCCUGUCACUGGCGUCGAACCAUCUGUACGGCUCCAUUCCUAACAGCGUCGCCGACCUUUCUGGUGUAGUCACCUUCGACCUCUCCCACAACCUCUUCACAGGCCCUAUGGUGAAACCCAGUAGCGGGACAGCGGACCUAUCCAGCAAUUACCUCUCGGGCACUUUAACCGAGCCACCCAGUGACGUCUCACUGGGAGCCAACUGCUUCACCGCUUCACCUGCCGGGGCGACAUGGUUGGAGGAGCAGCGGCCUGAGGCAGCCUGCCGGGCGUUCUGUGGCAUCUCCAUGCGCGCUGAUGCUGCUGCCUGUGGUGGCCGUGGGGUGUGUUACCCCGACGGGCCUAGCUUGGCGCCCACCUGCUUGUGUGACACGGGGUUCGUUCCGUUUGCAAGCAUUUACUGCCUUGCGGAAGGCUCGGUCCUUACCUCCCCGCUGGACAGGAAUAUUCUCCCGCCAGCAACCGUGCUCACUAAGGGGACGAGGAAGGAAACUACCGGGAUGUUCACAGAAGAGCCAGUGACCCUGUUCGUGUUUGAGAAAGGCCGGGAGGAUGAUGGGUGCGGGUUCGAGCUGGGCUUUUCUGUCAACUUCACCUUCGUCCUUUCUCCGAAAGCUAAGGCCGUUUCCAACGGGUUUGCGUUUGUGGUGUCGGCAACAAGCACGGUGGGGAGCAGCGAUGGAGUGGGGUAUGGUGGGAUGGACCCUCGCAGCAUGGCGAUCGAGUUUGACGUGCUUCAGAACAAGCCGCACGGCGACAUGAAAGAGCAGCACGUGGGGCUGAAUAUCAACGGCAACGAGAAGUCUAUCGCCGCUGUGAAGUCCCCAUUCCCGCUGGCCAACAAGCAGGCAUACACGGCAUGGGUGGACUACCAGCCUGGCGAUCCCGGCACCAUCCAGGUCUUCCUGGCAAAGGAGACAGUGACACGGGCAGGGAAGCGGGUGGUGAGGAGGAUAGAUAAGCCGGUGAAGCCGCUGCUGGAGAGGCGGCUGUCGCUGUGUGAGGUGCUACGAGGAGGGGAGGAGGCGCAGCUGCAGGCGUUCUACUUUGGCUUCGUGGCGUCCACCACAGUCAAGCCGUUUAUGAGCCAAGUCAUUCGCACCUCUGCCAUGCACGCAGCUUUGGGUCUGAAUGUGACAGUGGACACGUAUGCGCCGCCACGGGCGAGCCCGUUCCCGCGCUAUGUGAGUGCGCAGUACGAGCUAGCGGACAACAAGCAGGACUCGUGGUCAUUCAGGGACCUCUACUCCUGGGACUCCGUGCCCUUCCUCGGCUGGCCCGUCAAGAACCAGAACGCCUGCAAUGCGUGCUGGGCGUAUGCAGUGGUGGCGAGCAUAGAAGCAGCGUACGGGCUGGCGAUGAACGGAGAGGCGCCGCAGCUGUCAGUGGAGUCGCUCUUUGCAGCCAUGGGGCUCACCUCUCAAGAGUGCCCUGGCGGUGGCUCCCCCACAGAUGCCUUUGAGAAGCUGCUCGCUCUGCCCAAAGGGGGACUCACCCUGGUCGACAAUCCGGGCUUUGAGCGCACAUCAUUCAAGGGGUAUGUGGGGCUCAUGCUGGCAGUGCAGCGGCAGCCAGUGGUGGUUCACAUCGAAGCCUCUGUGAACACGUUCGCUCAAUAUGACGGGACGUUCAAGUACCAGGACCCUGCCUGUUACAGUGGCAACCUGAACCACGUGGUGCUGCUGGUGGGAUACUUCAUUCUGAGGGAUGACGGCAGUCAGAGCCGCAUUGCUCCGCCUUUUUGGAUCGUCCGCAACUCGUGGGGCGAGGGCUGGGGCGACAGGGGCCACAUGCGCAUGGACAUUCAGGGAGGGGAUGGCGUGUGUGGCAUCAACGUGCUGCCUGGCAUCUACCCCAUUGUCAAGAUCCCAGGGGAUCCGUGCGGGAGCAAGAGCUACAAGGGCGAUCGGCAGUUGCAGCCCGGUUUUAACCCGUGCGGCCGAUUCGCCUGCACGCCCAACACCAACACCAACAAGAACACCUGCGACUGCACGCUCCCCUCUGAGACCAAGCAGCCCUUUGUGGAGGUUGCCAAUGGUUAUGGCAAUACGUGCGCCUAUGUGGACGUGUGUGGGUCGUACUUCAAGAACCCCUGUGCCGUGGGCACAUGCAUCAACGAUGGCAAGGGCUCCUACUCCUGCAUCUGCCCUCCCAACCACGUCCCCAGCCGAACCAUUGAUGACUUCCCCACCUGCGACCCAGCCAACGAAACGGUCACGAGCCUGACAGUGAGCGGUGACAAGUGGGCGUGCGCUGACGUGUAUGGCCUCGUGGGGCUCUCCUCCUCGCAGUUCGCCCUGCAGAACCCGGAUAUCGUCUGCUCCCAGCCGUUGCCGAAACAGGCGUUGCUUCAGAUUGCCGGCACUCCAGCCAUCCCCUGCACGGGAUUCUUCUACACCCUCCAUGGCGACAGGUGUCAGUCCAUCGCCUCGUCAGUGGAUAUCACCAAGGCCAAACUCAUGGCUCUCAACCCCGGUCUAGACUGCACCCAGACCAUCAAGCCCGGCCGCUCCCUCUGUGUGGAGCGCAAUGCCAGCUAUGCCUACACGGCCCCCAAGUGUGUCAAGUACGCCACACUCACACCGCAAGACACGUGUACGACGCUGCUAAAGGGGGCGGGAAACCAGAAGGUCGAGCCCUCUUCCUUGGCUGAGCUCUACCGCAACAACCCCGGCCUCGUCUGCUCUGGUGCCAUCCCUAGCGGCGCCUUUGCUGUUGGCAGCAACACCGGCGUGCAGGUGUGCCUCAGGGCAGAGUACUGGUCGUUUGAGCUCGGCAAGUGCACCAAGGGCCGGGCCAAGACAGUGUCGCCAUCGCUCACGUGUUCCGGUGCUUACCGCUUCUACGCCAGCACUGGCACUAUGAGCCGAGACGAUGCGUUCGAGUAUUACAACGGAGAUCGAUGUGCUUCAACCAUUGGAGGCGAUUACAUUUGUGUGCCAAGGUAA